AUGGCGCCCAAGAAGAAGAACGCCUACCCCUCCGUUAACCCGCAGCUGUACGAGAAGAGCAUGAAGCCCUCCAUGACGGUUGCCAUGGGCUUCAAGAGUAGCCUCGUGGCCUCCUCCUGCUGGCGGGCGCAGGUGGACGCGGAGGAGCGGAUCCACAGCAACUGGUCGAAAAAGUACAACCGACAUGAAGAGCGGGGGCGCGUGGAGGCCCUCGAGCGCACGCUAGAGCGCGAGGCGGCGAAGGCCGAGGCCUACCGCAAGGACAACGACGCGCUGCAGUCCAUACUCUUCCGCAAGGACGGGGAGAAUGCGCACUGUGCGUCGGCUCUGUACCUGAAGGCACGCAACGCACUCUCGCCGCAGGAAAAGUACAAAACCCCGCAGACCUCCGCGCAGGACGUUGGCUGGUCGGUGCCGGAGGCGAUGAAAAGCGAGGGCCACUUCGCCGCUUCUCGCAUGGUGGGCCCGACGGAGCGGAUGCAUCAGUCGGCCACGGCUUAUAGGAGGCCCGACGACGCCGACCACGCGGCGCUCUUCGGCUACACGCUUGAGCGCUCCUACUGA